AUGAAAUUCUGGAGAUACUCACUCACUGCCUUGGCUUCCCUUUUAGCUGCUGUCUCAGCAUCUGGCCCAACCGACGGUGAAGCUGCCGCAGACCCAAACUCUGCAGUUGUCAAGUUGACUGCUGAUGAUUUCUCAUCAUUCAUCACAGAAAACCCAUUGGUACUUGCUGAAUUCUUUGCCCCAUGGUGUGGUUACUGUAAGGUUUUGGGACCUGAAUUCUCUAAGGCUGCUGACCAGCUUAAUGUCAGUCACCCAACAAUCAAGUUGGCUCAAAUUGAUUGUACUGAAGAAGAAGCUUUAUGUCAAGAGCACGGUAUCAAGGGUUACCCAUCUUUGAAGGUUAUCCAUGGUUCUACCGACGCUAUUGAAGAUUACGAAGGGCAAAGAACUGCUGAAGGAAUCGUUGAUUUCAUGGUCCAGCAAACGUUGCCAGUUGUUCAAAAGCCAGAAACCGUUGAAGCCUUGAAGGAAAUCUUAAUCGCUAGUGAAAGACCAGUCAUCGUCGAAAUCGUACCAAAGAAGGUUAAGAAGAGUGCUAAGAAGAACCUUGAAACUUUCGAAACCGUUGCCAAGUCAAAGAGAAAGGAUGUCUCCUUUGUCUCUAUCACUGGUGACGAACUUGUCUCUGAGUUCGAAGAUUUGAUCAGCGGUGCUGAAUUAAAGGAAAAGACCAAAUUACCACAAUACGUCAUUGUUCGUCCAAAUGCCCUUGAUGAUGCUACUCUUCUCUCAGACGAGGAACCACUCACCGCAGAAUCCUUAAUUUCCUUCAUUGAUACCGAAAUCAUCCCAUACUUCGGUGAAAUUAAUAGAGACACUUACAUGUUGUACAUGAACUCUCCAUUACCAAUUGGUUACUACUUCUACAACACUGCCGAAGAAAAGGCUAAGGUUGAAGAAACUUUCAACAAGUUGGGUAAGCAACACAGAGGUAAGAUCAACUUUGUUGGUUUAGACGCUGUUCAAUUCGGUAGACACGCUGAAAUCUUAAACAUGAACCCAGAUGUUAUCCCACUUUUCGCUAUCCAAAAGGUUGCUGACAAUCUUAAGUAUGGUAUUGAUCAAACCAAGUUCCCAGAAGGUCCAUCAAUUGAAGCAAUUGAAGAGUUUGUUGCUGAUUACUUUGAUGACAAAUUAGUCGCAUUAACCAAGUCUGAAGAUUUACCAACUCCAGAAGAAGUUGCUGCUACCCCAGUUAUUAAGUUGGUUGGUCACAACCAUGCAGACAUAGUCAAGGAUACCACGAAGGAUGUCUUCGUCAAGUACUACGCUCCAUGGUGUGGUCACUGUAAGACUUUAGCUCCAAAGUGGGAAGAAUUGGCUGAAGUUUACGGUUCUAACAAGCCAGAUGCUGAAGUUAUUAUUGCACACAUUGACCACACUGCCAAUGAUGUCGCUACUCCAUUCAAAAUUGAAGGUUACCCAACUUUAGUCUUGUACCCAGCCAACGGUGAAAUCGAUGAAGCUACUGGUCUUAGAUCCCCAAUUUUCUUCGAAAAGGCCAGAGAAGUUGAUGACUUAAUCGAGUUCCUUAACGAAAACACUGGUAACAAGGUUGACGGUGACAAGUUAAGAAAGGCAUUGGAAGAAUCAAAGAAGUCAGGAUCAUCAGAAAAGAGAGAUGACUCCGCUAACGCUGCUGCUGAAGAUGACGAUGAAGACAGUGAUGACGAAGAAGCUCACGAUGAAUUGUAG